UUAAAUUCCUGUGUGUCUGCCUGGUCACAUGUGCUACCAUAUGAGAGUCCUGUUCAGUUCCUGUACCUAUAUCCUAUUGUGCUAACAGGGCACACCAGUGAUCACCUUUUGGCUGGGACAAACGGAUCCUUACGCCUGUGCAGCCUCUAAGACGAGCUCCGUCUUGGAUGAAACUUAUCCAGUUUUAAAUUCAGUCAGAAGGGACUUUUCUGACUGGAGAUGAUUUCUUCCGGAUAAGGAAGAAGCGUGAGAUCUUCCACAUAGUUUUGUUUUGAUUGUUGGAGUCUGGAAUUCGUCAGAAUUGUCUGUCUUCCAGCAGUUCAGACAGAGCGAGGAUUUUUAUGCUAGCUCAGCUGGAUAAGUGACCCGUUUUCUUUUUAACGGACUAGCAGGCAAAUAUUCUCCUGUCUACAUUUAUCAUUUUCUUAUCUAUACAGCUAAAGAGAUUUGUCAAAGUAACAGCAAUUAGGUUAACCUAGAUGAGAAUGACAAUUAAGAAGAUUAUGGAUAUACAAGAAGGGACUUUAUUUCUAGACAUGCUUCAGAAAAUAAUGAAUGGGAUCAACUCAAUAAAACAAGAACUGAGAAAUAAUAGACAAGCGUGGAGAACUGAAUUUCAUGAAAUGAGACAGGAGCUGAAAGAAACUCAGGAUUCUGUGAGAAAGGAGAAUAAAGAUAGAUCUGGAAAACAAAAAAAGGAUGAAAGAGAAAUUAAAGGCAAGGUUCAAUCUAUGGAGAUUGGCUUAAAUAUGGACAUGAAAAAAGAUUUGGAUUUCCUGGUUGUGACGGAUCCUGGAGAUAAAUAUUACAGUUUGGAAUACAGCGCUGUCUCUGAAGGAAUUGAAGAGACUGGAGAUAAAGAUAUUAUCGGUUCAAAAAAAUUCCUGGACUGGAAGGAUUUGAUGGAACUCGAAAUGGAGAAAGUUAACAGAAUUAAUCCCUGUUUUGUGACAAUGGAAAAACCUUCAAGAGAUGUACUAGUGUAUCAUGUGGAAAAGAGGAGCAGAGAUGCGGCUUUGAAACAAUACUUCAGUGUUACGUUUGGAUUUGAUGGUGAGAAAAUAUCUAUGAUGGAGGAAAUUCCUAUUAGACUUUUAUUAUAUGACUAUGACAGCAAGAUUUUUGGGUGCGUAGAGAUGGAAGAUGGAAGACGGACCCAAUAUGGAUAAUGACAGAAGAGCGAUUUGAAAUUACUGGACUCAGUAGAUUUGAUGAGUUGAAUUAAUUGACAUGUUUAUUUAGAAAAAAAAUUGAUUGACAUAUAUCUCAAGGAUUGGAAACUUCUCUUUGACUUUUUGUGGAAGAUUAAAAUGAUAUGAUGUUAAUGAGAUUUGAAACCAACUAAGAUAACUGUUGGAGGAAGGUGAUUUUAUAAUCUAUUAAG